AUGAGCACAUUGAACGAUGUGGCUGAGAGCCCUCACAGCCCAGGCACAACGACGCAAUUAUCAGGGGCGCGCUCUCUUUCUUUCCCUAUCUCUUUCAAUCCAAUCGCUCUUCUGUCAACUUCCAAGUCUCUUUAUCUUAAUGGCGAGCUAGACAAUCCCGUAUUCGCCGGCAGACAAGUUGCUGAGGAACAAAGCAUCCGAUGCCUAUCGUCUACCCUCAAUCGCUUUGCCUCUUGGUCCGGCUUGAAAAUGAACCCACUCAAGUCGAAAGCCUUUGCUUCACAGCGAGUGACGCCUCUUGAGAAUUCCUGGCUUCGACAGGCCACCCCCAUUGGGUUUACUCAGAAUCUUGGUAAGUAUCUCGGCUUCUAA